AUGCAGGGAAACUCACGAAAGCAUGUGAAAAUAGAUAACACCAGCAACCAGCCCAUUAAAACAGAGAUGGGGAAUGAAUCAUAUGCAAUGAAAGGAGGAGAGGGUCCUCACAGCUAUGCUCAAAACUCCUACUUUCAGGACCAGGAGGCAAUAGCCAAAAGCUUUUAUCCCAGAGCCUAUGAUGCACACACAAGCUCAAUUUGUUUAGCAGACAUGGGUUGCUCUACAGGACCAAAUACAUUUCUUGCCAUGCAAAUUAUAAUAGAUGCAAUAGAGCACCAAUUUCAAUCACAUGGUCUUGCUGCUCAAAGUUCAAAACUCCAAUUUUUCUUUAAUGACCAAGCCACAAAGGAUUUCAACACAGUCUUCAAAAAUCUUCCACCGAAUAGGAAGUAUUUUGCAGUUGGUGUGCCUGGCUCUUUUCGUGGACGCUUAUUUCCAAAGGAAACACUUCAUAUGGUCCAUUCUUCUUCAUCUCUAUGCUGGCUCUCUACAGUGCCCAAAGAAAUUACAGAUAGAACUUAUAGUGCAUGGAACAAAGGGAGGAUUCAUUGUACAAAUGCUCCCAAGGAGGUUGCAGAAGCCUAUGCAACCCAGUAUAAAAUGGACUUGGAAAAUUUCCUCAAUGCUAGAACACAAGAACUUGUGGAAAAUGGACUAAUGAUAUUUCAAAUUCUUGUAGUACCAGACGUGGUUCUUGAUUCAGAAGUAAACCCUAAAAGAGCUUUCGAACUUUUGGGAUCUUGCCUGGUGGACAUAACCAAAGGGGUAAGAAACCUAUUGGCUUUUUCUGUCUUAAAUAGGGACAGAUUGGUGAAGAAAAAGUGGCCGGACUCUUUCAAUGUGCCUUUCUUUUACUCAACUGCUAAGAAUGUGAAGGCAAUUCUAGAAACAAAUGGUAGUUUCUGUAUAGAGUGGAUGGAAACAUUAGAUAUCAAAGAUAUUUUUGCAUUCCCAAGUGCACAUAUUUUUGUUUCCACGAACAGAGCAGCGCUGGAAGAGUUAAUUGAGAAGCAUUUUGGUGGAGGAAUUAUGGAAGAGGUUUAUGAUCGCUGCACUAAGAAAGUUAAGGAAUUUCCAUAUAUCAUGAAUUCGAAGAAUCUAAAAAUAAUCAUGAUGUAUGCUAUUCUCAAGCCCAAGUCAAAAGCAUAG